CGCCCUCUCUUACGAGCCGUGGGUUCUCGAUCGCCACCGCCUCGCCGCCGGUUCUGCGAUUGAGCCAGAGAGGCGAGGUGUACUUGGUAGGGAUUCUUGUGAUUGAUGUAUUUGGAAGCGUCCAAGAUGGAGGAGGAACGGGACAAACGCUUUAGGGAGCCGCUGGUCAAACGAGGUGACGCUCGGGAAUGGCUUCUGUCGCUUCUUCUUCUUGUUCUUUCCUUGUCUUCUUUCGUCCACGGGUGCAUUGUAUUUCAAGAGGAUCCAGCUCUUUCAAAGAGUUUAGAGGGUUUUACUAUAGUGAAUUUGCAGUAAAUCAAAGGACUUCAAAUGGUUUCAGGAAAGCUGCAUGCUUUGCUUUAAAUGCAGCUGUACAAAGAUCUAGUGAGGGAAACAUGCUGCCAGGACAAAGUACCAUUAUUGAACAGGGUUGUUUAACUGCUAAUGCCAUGCUUCGAGGAGAUGCAGUUGCCCAUGGAACAAUUGCUUCUGAUAUGACUCCAGCUGUUGAUGAAUUUUCAAUUGGAAAUGGUGAACUUGAUUUAGAUUGUCCUACUGAAGGGUUCUCCCCUAUUUCAGAGGCCAUCGAGGACAUCCGUCAAGGCAAGUUUGUGACUGUUGUCGAUGAUGAAAGCAGAGAAAAUGAAGGAGAUCUUAUAAUGGCUGCACCCUUGGUAACACCAGAGGCCAUGGCUUUUAUAGUCAAGCAUGGGACUGGAAUUGUAUGUGUGAGCAUGAAAACAGAAGACCUCGAGAGAUUAGAGCUUCCUCUUAUGGUUUCAAAUAAAGAAAAUGAGGAGAAGUUGUGCACUGCAUUCACUGUCUCAGUGGAUGCUAAAGAAGGUACAACCACUGGUGUCUCUGCUAGAGAUAGGGCAAAGACGGUUAAGAUGCUUGCAUCAGCUGAUUCAAAUCCUGAAGACUUUAAUCGUCCUGGCCAUAUUUUUCCAUUGAAAUACAGGGAGGGUGGUGUCCUAAGAAGAGCUGGGCAUACAGAAGCAUCAGUUGAUCUGGCUAUGCUGGCUGAGUUACCCCCUGUUGGAGUUCUGUGUGAGAUCGUUGAUGAAGAUGGUUCCAUGGCUCGGUUACCAAAGCUACGUGAAUUUGCAAAGAAAGAGAAUUUAAAGAUAAUCUCAAUUGCAGAUUUGAUUAGAUAUAGGAGGAAAAGAGACAAGUUGGUCGAACGUGCUUCUGUUGCACGUUUACCCUUGAAGUGGGGCUCUGUUCAGGCCUAUUGCUAUCGAUCUCUACUUGAUGGAAUGGAGCAUAUUGCUAUGGUGAAAGGAGAUAUUGGAGAUGGCCAAGAUAUCCUUGUAAGGGUACAUUCUGAGUGCCUUACUGGUGACAUAUUUGGAUCAGCUAGAUGUGACUGUGGCAAUCAGCUUGAACUGGCCAUGGCAAUGAUUGAAAAAGCUGGCAGAGGUGUGCUGGUAUACCUUCGUGGGCAUGAAGGAAGGGGCAUUGGCCUUGGUCACAAGCUUCGUGCAUACAACUUGCAGGAUGAUGGGCGUGACACUGUGGAAGCCAAUGAGGAGUUACAUUUGCCUGUAGAUUCACGGGAAUAUGGCAUUGGUGCACUGAUAUUACGAGACCUAGGUGUUCGAACAAUGAUACUGAUGACAAACAAUCCUGCUAAGUAUGGUGGGCUCAGUGGCUAUGGAUUCAGCAUCUCUGGGAGGGUUCCCUUGCUAACUCCAAUUACUAAAGAGAACAAAAGAUAUUUGGAGACCAAAAGAGAGAAGAUGGGGCACAUAUAUGGAUAUGAAUUCAAUGGUCAGCUCAGUAAUUUCAUCGAAAGUAAACGAACAAACGAGAUUGAUAUAACAUAGCGUUUUGUGUUCCUUAUUAUUUUUUGCCAUAUUAUGUUUAGCAAUAUGUUAGAGCAUUUUGUCA